AGGCGGGCAUCCGCGGGAACUUAUGCUCGAGUGUGAGAGUGUGGCGCUGCCGGAGGGUGAGGGCGUGAGCAAGUUAGUUCCCGGCUGUGGUCAGAGUCCGGUCAUUGCUAUACCUAUGGAACCAUGAUGGAAAGCCAGCGCCGGAGCCACCUAGAGCGCCAGGGCGAGCUCUGCCGCAGGGCGGGACUUCCGGUGUACGGGCCAAAAGGGCUGGCCAGAGGUCCUGAACUCACGUAGUGUCAUGACGUAAGGGGGCGUAGCCAAGAUGGCUGCGCGCAUGAAACUGUGUGCCGGGACUCACCGCGGAGAUCGGUCCCGGUAAGUACGGGCUACUCUGUGUAGCACUAGCAACAGCGUAGCCUGGCCUAUCUGAGAGGACAAGGACUAUUCCUUGGGCCUUACACUACCACGCGCUACUGUGGGCUGGGGAGACCGGUAAGGUGUAGGCCCACGAGUAUAACGGAGGUCCUGCCCAGCAAGGAAGGGGUGGGGUGUCAAUCGGCGUUUUCCCAGUGCUCUCUCUUCUAUAAAGGGUCACCAGAUGACCUCUGAGGAUUCUUUCCAUUUAGGAGAUGGGAGACUGCAUUUCUAGAAACCGAGGCUGAAGAAGCCGGAACGUCUCCGGAUCUGCGUUUUUGAUAUCCCGACUCUGUCAGGGGAAUGCAUACUCACUGGGCAUCUUCAGGAUAGGCAUCAGGGCAGCACAGCUGUGUCCGGAACACAAGUUUGAACCUUUUCACGCCUCAGUUUCUUAUAUCCUUUUUCUUCUGUGCCCUACACCAGAGCGAGAGAAGAGAAACUUCCAAAAUAAUGGGUGACUGGGAUCCGUGUGACAACCGGCGUUAAAAGUUACUGGACCAAAGCUGCUGGAAACUAUACUGUAACUCUCCCUCGUUUGUUUUUUACUGAUAGAGCUUGAGAAAUACUUGGAUGUGUACACCUUAAUUUGGAUAAUCUCUUAUGUGUCAGUCCUGGAAACCACUGUUGCGUUUUCUCCUGCUUUAUUACUGCCCCUCUCCCUUCUCUUCAAAGGUUUUGCUGGUGUGUGUAGAACAAUUAGAAAUUCCUAGUGAGCAAAGCAGUCUUGUGCAUCUUUCGGAGAAGUAAAUGCACACAGGCUGGAUGGCAGCCUACUGUGAACCCAAGUUCACCCCACUCACUAUAGCUGUUCUUCAGUAUUUUGGGAACAAAAACCUUUCUGUUGUUUUUCUCCUUUCCUUCAGGUGUUUUAAAGUCAGAAUUUUGGAAUUCACCGAAAGCAACAAGGGCAGAGUUCUGUCUUUCCACACCCACAUCGAUUUCUGGAGCCAGAUAGCAGGCCACCAUUGCUUAGAAUUGGAAUGCAAGUAAGGUCAAGUGAAUUGCAAGUGAAAAUAUAUGUUAGAGAAAUGAGGGGAAGAAGGAAGUGCAUUGCAUUUCAUUUUCCACCACAGAUCAAAGAACUACUAGAAGGAAUGUAGAGUGGGGCUUCUUAGACUUGUUAGUGGGGAAGGUGAAGAGAGAGAUUGCUCUUGGAGCAUCCAGCUCCACGUGUACUUAGUUUGUCCUACCUGGAGAUUUCCACAUAAUUUCCAGUUUUUGUUAUUGACAGUUUAUUUUUCUGCCCUUGAUGUUUUAGAUCCCUGAAAGUUAUUUGGUAUCUGAUUAGUAUUACAAGCCGAAGUGGUGACAAAUAGGAUAAAGAUCAUUCCUGAAGCAAAGCUCUCUGCAAAUUACUGUGAAGAUGGAUUCUGGUUCAGAGGUCCUUGCCAACAAGGCUCUCGAAGUCUCUGUGCCUGUCCUUAACAGACCUGGAACUGAGCCUGUCAGUACUCUAGUUCCCUUAGCAGAGCAAAAAGGCUUGUUGGGUUUAUAAAAAUCUCAUGUUAACCAUAUAUACAUACAUAGGGGAAUGUUGACACUCCACUGUGAGAAUAUAUGCCUGAAGAACUGAACAUGACUAGUAUGCACAAAAAAGUACCCCCUUUUUAUUUUAUAAAAUUUUAGCAUGUUAAAAAAAAUUUUUGUUUGUUUUUGUUUUUCGAGACAGGGUUUCUCUGUGUAGUUUUGGUGCCUGUCUUGGAUCUCACUCUGUAGACCAGGCUGGCCUUGAACUCACAGAGAUCCGCCUGGCUCUGCCUCCAAAGUGCUGGGAUUAAAGGUGUGCGCCACCACCGCCCGGCUAGCAUGCUAAAAUUAUGCCAUGCAGAAACUGGCCAAGAACUUCGAGCAGUUUCAAGUAGCUCAGAGUCUAGUCUAUCCUGUUUGAAGUUGUCAUUUUUGGUAAGGUGCAUCCAUACAUUGCAGUUUUUCUGUGGGUCUCUACUUGUCCAGAGUUUGGAUUUUAACGUUUGCAAGCAGUUCAGGGUUAAUUCUUGCUGGCCAGUUUGUAAUCGUGUGCCCUGCUUUAAACAUGGAAAAUCAGGGGAAUUGUUAGAUUUUUUUUCACAUUCCUCCACAUUCCUUUCUUAGAAAUUAAAUCCAGGUCAUGCUAACGCCACACAAAAGGGAUUAAUUAUAUAUAGGAGGUAAUCAUUUUCCUUAAAUACUUAUUUUAAAUUACGUGUGCGUGAGUGCUUCUGUUUGUGUCCACUGAGGUCAGAAGAGGGCAUUAGAUCACCUGGAGCUGGAGUCACAUACAGUUGUGAGCAGCCUGACAUGAGCACUGAGACUUGAACUUAGAUCCUCCUUGACCACGGAGCCAUCUCAGCCCCAGGAGAAGGGCUGUCAACGUUGGGAGGCGUAUGUCACUGGUUUUCAUCUGAUGAGGAAAGUACAAAUGUUCCAGGAUGUCCUCAUCUGUGUUUCAUUGAGAAGGAUGGAGGCUCUCUGGUAACUGCUCCCCUGCUUUGCCUUCCUGCCUGCUGCCAUGCUCCCCAACGUGAUGGCCAUGGACUAAACCUCUGAAACUGAUAUGAAGAAGUACAGCCAGCCAGCAAAUCAUACAGCUAUGAGGGCAGAAAUUGUGUUUUUGUGUGCAUUUGAAAAGAAAUGUGUUUUCAGGGGCUGAAGAGAUGGCUCAAAGGUUAAGAUUACUUUGUGGUCUUGCAGAAGACCAGGAUUUGGUUCCCAGCACCCACAUGGCAUCUCACAACCAUCCAUAAUUCCAGUUCCAGAGGAUCCAAUGCUUUCUUCUGACCUCCAUGGGGGAGUCACAUCUCAGCUGGAGCUGGGGCAACAUCAAACCAGAGAAAACCCUGAGGUCUUUAGGCUCCCUCCAGGUGUUUAGCCACUGCUGGAAAGUCCAAGCUAAAGAUGCCGGUGGUGAAUCACCUCAGAGUGAUUCUGCGAGCGUCUCCCUGUACAUUGCUGUGGAGAAGCUUCCAGGUUCCGAGGUCUAUGCCAGUGAGGUCCUGCAGUCUUUACACCUGCACUUACAGAACCCGGAACCGAGCCUUACCUCCACUCUGGGAGAACUUGGACCUUGUUCCUGCGGGUGAUCGGCAGUCACCCAUCAACAUCCGAUGGAGGGACAGUGUUUAUGACCCUGGCUUAAAACCACUCACUCUCUCUUACGACCCGGCCACCUGCCUCCACAUCUGGAAUAAUGGGUACUCUUUCCUCGUGGAAUUUGAAGAUUCUACAGAUAAAUCAGUGAUUGAGGGAGGACCCCUGGAACACAACUACCGACUGAAGCAGUUUCAUUUUCACUGGGGGGCCAUUGAUGCCUGGGGUUCCGAGCACACUGUGGACAGCAAAUGCUACCCAGCAGAGCUGCACUUGGUACAUUGGAAUGCAGUCAAAUUUGAAAGCUUUGAGGAUGCAGCACUGGAAGAAAAUGGUUUGGCUGUGAUAGGUGUAUUUUUAAAGCUAGGUAAACAUCAUAAAGAACUACAGAAACUGGUGGACACUUUGCCAUCAAUUAAGCACAAGGACACCCUGGUGGAAUUUGGAUCUUUUGACCCUUCCUGUCUGAUGCCUACUUGCCCAGAUUAUUGGACCUACUCCGGGUCUCUCACUACACCACCCCUCUCAGAGUCCGUUACCUGGAUCAUUAAGAAGCAGCCAGUAGAGGUUGAUCGUGAUCAGCUUGAGCAGUUUCGGACCCUGCUUGUCACUUCUGAGGGGGAGAAAGAGAAAAGAAUGGUGGACAACUUCCGCCCACUUCAGCCACUGAUGAACCGUACUGUCCGCUCAUCCUUCCGCCAUGAUUAUGUGCUCAAUAUUCAAGCGAAACCCAAGCCAGCAGCCAGCCAAGUCACCCCCUAAGAUGUUCAUACUUAGGCAGCAUCUUUCUUUAAUGAAUAUUAGCUUAAAAAUCUUAACUAGAUUAUUUUAAAAUGCUGCACUUAAUACUUACAUUUAUGUUUUUUUUCCUUCCUUUGUUGUAACAACAUUUCAAAACUCCUAUCCUUGUAAAGCAAAGACAGGAAGACAAAACAAUAAAAACAAAAACCCAAACCAAAUAAUAUCAGGUUACCUUAGGUUACCUUUUUUUUGUGACAGGAUUAAGGCAGAGGAAUCUUCGUUACAAGGCCAGUUGAAAUGGCCUGUUUGGGAUUUUGAUGUUAAAUUUGUCUAAUUUCUGUUUCUCAGAAACUCAGAUAGACAGUUUAGUUUCUACUUGGUAAAAUGGAAGUUUAAUGUGAGUGACCCAUCUUGAUUUUUCUGUUCAGGCCUAACACAGGAGGUUAACCCACAGCAAGAGGUUCUUGUGAAUUUUAUUUAAUGACGCCACCCUUUUGUUCAAACUGUUAAAUGGUCUCAUCUUACAGUAUUGGUCCCACUCUUAGCUACCAUCAUUUGGAGCUGCUGAUCUCAAAAUAACAUUCCAAGGUUACAAAUGCAUUUAUUGGUUUCAGAGUAUUUCAUCUGUCUUUUUUUUUUUAAGAUAAGUUUUCUCUGUGUACUUCAGGCUGUCCCUGAACUCACUAUGUAGUCCAAUCUAGCCUUGAACACAUAAAGAUCAGCCUGCCUUUGCUCCCAAGUGCUGAGAUUAAAGGCAUGUACCAUA